AUGGACAACUGCAAGGCUCCCCGGGAGCCACAAGAACUCUACAUAUUGGUCACUGGUGCCAACAGCGGUCUUGGCUUUUCGAUAUGCUGUCGCCUCGCCGAUGAAUUUCUUUCGUCGCAUCACUAUGAUGACUCCUUGACUAUCAUCUUUACAACCCGGAGUGAGCACAAGGCUCAGGAAACCCGCCGCCGCUUGGAAGCGCACCUCCGAUCUUCCACUGCCUCCUCAUCCGACACCGCGCGGGUGAAAUUCGUUUCCGAGAGCGUCGACUUAGGUGAUCUUCUCUCUGUUCGUGAGCUCUCUCGCAAACUCCUGCAGACCAUCCCUAAACUCGAUGCUGUAAUUCUGAAUGCUGGAGUUGGUGGUUGGUCGGGAAUCAACUGGCCGGAAGCCAUUUGGGGCGUCCUCACCGAUCUUGUCCAUCAAGUGACUUGGCCUUCUUACAAGAUCGCGCCUGUGGGUGUCUUGACAGCCAAGCAGACUCCUGAGAAGGAGGAGCCAGCCUUGGGAUCUGUCUUCUGCGCCAAUGUCUUCGGGCAUUACAUGCUGGCGCACAACGUGGCACCGCUAUUGAAGAAGGCCGAGACUCCCAAUGGUCCGGGCCGUGUUAUCUGGGUGUCAAGUAUCGAGGCUACCAUCAAGUGCUUCGACAUCAAUGACAUCCAGGGUUUGCAAACGAAGACCCCUUAUGAGUCCUCUAAGGCCCUGACCGAUAUUCUGGCUCUGACGUCGGACCUACCCAGCACCGCACCGUGGGCGGUGGAUAGCUUUAUGCACUCCAAUAGCGGAACCAAGGCGGACGAGGCCCCAACCAUGUAUGUUUCUCACCCAGGCAUCUGCGCGACAUCCAUCAUCCCGCUCCCGCUCCCCCUUGUCUGGGCGAUGGUGGCUACGUUCUGGUUGGCGCGCAUGCUUGGCUCGCCCUGGCACCCAUUAUCUACCUACCUCGGCGCGUGGUCUUCAGUUUUCCUCGCGCUAUCCUCGCAAGGUGCGCUCGAUGCGACCGAAUCCCCCUACCGUCAUGCGGGCGGUGGCCGAGUGAAAUGGGGCUCUUCCGCGAACCGCUUCGGUGUCGGAAGUCUGAGCAGCACUGAGAUCGAGGGCUGGGGGCAUGGCGGCGUCGUCGGAACGCCUGUUGUUGAAGCCGAUCGAAAUCGACCCCGGAGGCGCGGCGCAAAGGAUUUGACACGCGAGGAGAAGGAAAAGUUCGAGGAGCUUGGUCGCGGAUGUUGGAAGCAGAUGGAGGAGCUGCGAAUCAAGUGGGAUGCCAUUCUAGACCAAGCGGAACAGAACAAGGCUGCAGCUGCAAAUGCCCAGUGA